CAUCAUGUAUUUUUAUCAUUGAGGAAAGUAAACUUACAAGUAUUGAUCUAGGUACCUGACCGGUAUUUUCUGUGUUAAUUGCUUUCAAACAAACGACGAGUUUUUUUAUUGUAAAGAAUUGAUUCAAAUUCAUCAUGUUACUUUUCAUACUCCUAUUCAACUUGCUCCUAUACCAUCACGAAACUACCUGCUGCAGCUACAAUAAGGCCGAAGAUGCUCCCAUCGAAGUACCAGAAUUAGCGAUAAGAGAACCGUUUGUGAAACCAGCCAGUCCAAUAUUCAUUCAAGCUUUGAGUUUCGAGCAUUUAGUCGAACAAAGCGUAAUUUUCUUCGACAGGAGCUUACUAAUCAAGGAGAUCUUCGACCAAGACAUCAAGGUGUUCAUUAUCACGAUGCCGAAUGGAUUCGGUAAAACCAUGAAUUUAGGCAUGAUACAAGCCUUUUUCGAAAUCCAAGUCGACGUAGACGGUAACACCAUCGAACCGCUUGAUCAAACUACUCAUUAUCGUUUAUUCAAACUCGGUGAAAUCGUACACAGAAAAAAGAACACGGAAUUCCUGAAACGACCUUUGUUGAUCGCAACUCGUCACGAAAAUUUCACCAAUCAGUAUCUCGGCCAGUAUCCGGUAGUUUAUAUCAGUUUCGCUUGCUCAAAAGGCGAUACUUUCGACCAAGUUGUCGACGAAUUGAAACUAAAAAUAAGCAAGCUUUACGAAGAAUUCUACCAUCUGUUGGGAGCAUUUCGUAAAAUAUCGAGUAACCCGAGAAGUACCCAGCAGCAGAAAGAACGAGCUGAAAAUAAUAUCGAGACGUUUAAAAAACACGCUUUCAAAAGGAGCACCUUGCAAGAGGUGCAAAAUAGUCUGGCGUUUUUGUGCGAAGCCCUGUACGAGAAUUAUGGAAAAAAGGUGAUUUUAUUGGUAGACGAUUACGACGGUAUUCUGAACCAUACGCUUUUCAGCGAUAAAUUUUUCAGCACUAAAGACGAGGAUUUGAUUAUUGAAUUUUUCAAAGGCUUGGUAACGUGUACGUUGAUUGAGACGAAUUCCAUCGAGAAAGCUAUUCUAACCGGAACGAUUUUAUUGCAACAAGGCUCUUUGAUGCCGACGUUGAAUAAUUCAAAAGAAUUCAGUAUCCGGCAUAACGAAUUAUCGUCGUUUUACGGCUGCGAGGAUAAUUUAACGGAAAACAUAUUCCGGCAAAUUGGUAUAAAUGAACUAGCUCGUGGCAUGAUUCGAGCUGUUAGAUUGGGCUAUCGUUUGAACCUCGAAUCGUCCCAAUUAUCGUACGAUCCGUUGACAUUGGCUUGUAAUUCGGGCUCUUGUUUGGUACCGAGAUCGUACGCGACAUUUUUCCAUAAAUUUCUAGACGUUGUAUCGUUUCGUAACGCGUACAGUGGGUUAGUUUCAAGCUAUACCCUACCGGAUAUUAAUAUCAGCGACGUGCAUUUUGACAGGUUAGAUUUCCGGAUACUGAAAUCACCUCCGACGAACGAAUCGACCUGCGGACCUUUUGUAAAAUCUGCCAUGAAAUAUUUAUACGCUACUGGCUUCUUAACCAUUACUAAUUCUUCGACUGGGGACCGGCUCGAAUUCCAGUUCGUAAGCGAGGCCAUUUUAGCCCUCAUGAAAGGCGAGCUUUUGGCGUAUUACGAUAAAGAUUUCAAAGUCCAGUCGGAUAUUUUGCAUACGUACUUUUCUCUCAUGUCGUCCGAAUUCUACGAUUUUUCUCGAAACUUCGAAAGCAACUGCCCGAAUUUGGAAUUACUGAUGACGAAAUUUUAUAAAAUAUUAUUAGAUCCGGGCCGAAUAGCUCAACCGGACGAAGAACUGAUUCAUAAUUCGGUCAAUUUUUUGAUCAUUUUUUUCGAUAGGUUUAAAAGACUGGUUACUUACGGGCGAGAAAUGGCGUUAUUUUCGGACGACUACGUUCUUACGGUAUUGGAAAGUAGCCUGGAUGAGAUAUCAGCUGAAGAGGCGUUGAGACGAGCGAAAAACAAAGCGCAAAGUUUUAGAAUAUAUGAUAACUUCAAUAUGUUGAAAUUUAUUGGCAUAAACGUCCGUCAAAAUGGCACCGUUGAUAUUCUCGCUGAAAAUAAAUUUUAUCGAGAGUUAUUCGAGUGAUGAUGGAGUUGAUUUGUUUCAGUUUCGGCGUGGCGUGUCCUUCUCGUAUAGAAGACGACGAAGUCUUACAAAGUUUUGGCGAAUUUUCGUACCGUUUUUUAAUACAUAAUAUAGGAGAAGUAUAGUAUGAUGUUGACUCGAGUGGAGUUUGCCUUAUUGUUGAUUAUUUAAUAUUUCAAGGAUGUGGUUGAAAAGUUUUCUUGUUAUUGAAAUAAGUAGGUACUCGUCCUACUUAUACUUACUUUGUGAAGUAAUUGAUUUUGCAUAAUCGAGAUGAUAUCAAUUUUUGUAUAAUAAUAUCGAUGAAGUACAUACAUGUUUUGUUCAAUCUUGUGCUUAGUUUUCACUUUUGUAAUAUACAAUAUACAUAAGUAGAUGUGCAAGUCAGGUAGAAAAAAAGUGAUAAUCUUAAUAAAGCAGAGAUACUUAUGAA